AUGUCUGCACCAACAACGCAGCAGAACCUGGCGGCCAUACCAGCUCACUCCAUGAGCGAUACAAACAUCACCAGUCACAUUGCAUCGCGAUACCACAGUCAUCAACCGGUCUCCAGCAUCUCCUCUCAGGCAUAUGUGACCGUGAAUACAUAUACAAGCUCUGCCAAAGGACCCAAUGGCCACAAGGAGGGGAGCGCUAUGGGCGCGGCGGAGGAGCUUGCGAGCAGAAUGUGGACGCGACUGGGCAGCCGGCAGGAGAAUCAAGCUGCGCUCUUCUUGGGAGAGUCUGGCGCUGGAAAGUCGACAAUCAGAUCACAUCUCUUGUCGUCCCUCUUGGCCUAUUCGUCGACGCCUCUUUCUAAGAAACUGUCCUUUGCCUCGUUCGUAUUCGACACUCUGACCACCACCAAGUCUGUCACCACACCAACCGCUUCCAAGGCGGGUCUGUUCUUCGAGCUACAAUACGACACCUCUUCGACAUUACACCCGACCCUCAUCGGUGGCAAGGUCCUUGACCACAGGCUAGAGCGGAGCCGUGUGGCCACCGUUCCCGCGGGAGAGCGCAACUUUCACGUUCUAUACUACCUGCUCGCGGGCACAUCCGAUGCCGAAAAGAACCACUUGGGUCUCGAUACGGGCAUCGCAGCGGGAGUUGGCAACAGAUCUUCCAUGGGAUCGCAGAAGAGAUGGCGCUACCUUGGACACCCGUCGCAGAUGAAGGUCGGCAUAAACGAUGCCGAGGGCUUCCAGCACUUCAAGACCGCCCUGCGUAAGCUGGAGUUUCCCAGAGAUGAGAUUGCACACAUGUGCGAAAUGCUGGCGGCUAUCCUCCACAUUGGACAGCUGGAGUUCAUGAGCUCACAGUCAACUACACCCGCACCGGACGAAAGCGGUGGGUACGGCCACGAAGGCGGCGAGGAAAUUACGGUCGUCAAGAACAAGGAGGUUCUCACUAUCAUCGCUGCAUUCUUGGGAGUCGGCGACAGAGUGCUAGAGCAGUCCCUGGGAUAUCGGACCAAGAUCCUUCAUCGCGAGCGCGUGACUGUAAUGCUUGACCCCAAAGGAGCUCGUGAGAAUGCAGACGAGCUCGCGCGUACACUGUACAGCUUGUUGGUUGCACUUAUUAUGGAGAAGAUCAACCAGAGAGUUUGUGCUGUGGAGGACUCAAUUGCGAACACGAUUUCGAUUGUGGACUUCCCCGGCUUUGCGCAGACAUCUUCCACGGGAAGCGUUCUGGACCAUCUUCUGGCAAACGCUGCCAAUGAAUCGCUCUACAACUUCUGCCUCCAAAGCUUCUUCGAGAGGAAGGCGGAGCUCCUUGAGACGGAAGAGGUGCAGGUUCCCGCGACCAGCUACUUCGACAAUAGCGACGCGCUCAAGGGUCUCCUCAAGCCCGGAAACGGACUGUUGUGCAUUCUGGACGAUCAGAUGAAGCGUGGAAAGACCGAUGUUCAGCUUGCCGACUCGCUGCGAAGACGAUUCGCGGGCAAGAAUCCCGCCAUUGAAGUGUCGAGUGCAACCGUAAAUCUCCCAGGUACUAAUUUUGCCACCCCUAACACCCAGCAAAGUUUCACUGUGAAGCACUUUGCCGGUGAAGUGGAGUAUCCCGUGGACGGUCUGCUUGAAGAGAAUGGAGAGGUCAUAUCUGGAGACUUGAUGAAUCUCGUAAACUCAUCUUCCAGCUCGUUCGUUUCCGAGUUGUUCGGACAAGAAGCACUCAACAAGGUUCUUCAUCCCAACGAUCGCAAUGCCGUCCAGCAAGCAUCUGUCGCAUCGAAGCCAUCUCGUAUGCCCAGUAUGGCUCGCCGAAAAGGCGGGAAGCUCGGUAGGACCGCGUCUAAAGCAAACGCGCUCGACGAGGACAGAAGCAGCGAGGAAGGAGGCCCCAGAAGUACCUCACGUCUAAACAAACCCAGCGACUCUCAGCAAGGCGCUGCUGCACAGUUCUUGUCCUCCCUUGACAAUAUCAACAAGUCGCUCACGGCACCAAACACCAACGCCUACUUCUUCUUUUGUCUGAAGCCCAACGACAGACGAAUUGCAAACCAGUUCGAUAGCAAGUGCGUGCGGCAACAGGUUCAGACACUUGGGAUCGCCGAGAUCAGCCAGCGACUGAAGAAUGCAGACUUCAGCAUCUUCAUGCCAUUUGGCGAGUUCCUGGGAACAGCCGAGGGCGAGGUAUCAGUCGUUGGCAGUGAGCGAGAAAAGGCAGAGAUGAUUUUGGACGAAAAGAGCUGGCCAGGCRAUGAAGCUCGGGUUGGAAGCACUGGUGUCUUCCUGAGUGAGCGAUGCUGGCGUCAAAUAUCGAACAUUGGCGACACAACUGAACUGCCUAUUCCGUAUUCGGACGAGACGCCAUACAACAACUCCGGACGGCUAACUCCAAUGGACGCUAAACGAGGAUUCGGUGACUCCAAAGUGAAUUUGCUGCAACCGACACCUGGGUCUGGCGUUUACGGCGAUGAUAAAGCCGCCGGGUAUUUUGGCAGCAGGGAUUUCGAUUCGAAAAGCGACGCUGGGGUGUCUGCCUAUAACAAUGGCGACAUGUUCCGCAAUCUGGAGACCCGCGAUCAGCUGGCUGAAAAGGGCAAGGAUGUCGCCGCUGUGGAGAUUCCUGACCGGCCGACAUCUGCAUCACGUAUACGCUGGCUUAUCAUGGUCUACUUUUGCACCUGGUGGAUUCCAGACUGGACUAUCAGAAUAUUUGGACGCAUGCCCAGAAAGGAUAUCCGCAUGGCAUGGAGAGAAAAGGUGGCCAUCAACUUCCUCAUCUGGCUCUCCUGUGCGUUUGUCAUCUUUUUCAUGAUUGGGUUCCCACGUCUCAUCUGUCCAACUCAGCACGUAUUCAGCAGUGAGGAACUCACCGCAUACGAUGGCAAGGAUUCUGAUGCAUACGUUGCCAUUCGAGGCGUUGUGUUUGACCUCGGUGCCUACAUUCCUCAGCACUACCCGCGGAUCAUCCCCGAUAAAUCUCUGGAGAAGUACGCAGGGACAGACGCGACCAACCUCUUCCCUGUCCAGGUCUCGGCCAUGUGUCAGGGCAAGAGCUCGGAGGAUCCAAUAGAUCCGGCUGUCCAGCUCAACUACCGGAACUACAACUACACUGGUCAAAAUCUGGUUAGCACCACCGACACAAACGCUCAGUACCACGACUUCCGCUGGGCCACGAACGACUCCCGACCUGCGUGGUUCAUCGAGCAGAUGAUCAUGCUGGAGGGCCAAUACUUCAAGGGCAGAGUCGGCUACUCUCCCACCUACCUCAAGACAUUGGCCAAGAACUCGAAGAACAUUGGGUACAUUAACAACCGUGUGUACGACUUCACCGACUACCURGCAGGUGGAAGAGCGCCGGCAUACCCACCAGGCAAAGACCGACCAGACACCCUUCCAGACUCCAAUUUCAUGGACAACAAUGUUGUCGAGCUGUUCCAGCAGCGCUCUGGUCAAGAUCUGACCAAAUACUGGGAUGCCCUGUCUAUAGACCCCGGCCUCAAGUCGCGCAUGAUGACUUGCAUGGACAACCUCUUCUAUGUUGGCCAGUUGGACACGCGUAACAGCCCCAAGUGCCAGUUCGCCAAGUACAUCCUUUUGGCUGUGACCAUUGUUCUGGUAGCCGUAAUCUGCUUCAAAUUCCUUGCGGCUCUCCAAUUCGGAAAGAAGACUGUCCCCGAGAACCUCGACAAGUUCAUCAUUUGCACCAUCCCAGCAUAUACGGAAGAUGAAGACUCUCUGCGACGUGCCAUCGACUCCGCCGCUCGUACUAGAUAUGAUGAUAAGCGCAAACUGUUAUUCAUCAUUUGCGAUGGUAUGAUUAUCGGGCAAGGCAACGAUCGACCAACACCUCGCAUCGUCCUGGACAUUCUGGGAGUUCCCGAGACAGUUGACCCGGAGCCUCUGAGCUUUGAAUCCCUUGGUGAUGGUCAGAAGCAACACAACAUGGGCAAAGUAUACUCUGGGCUGUACGAAGUGCAAGGCCACAUYGUGCCCUUCAUCGUGGUCGUUAAGGUUGGAAAGCCAUCUGAGGUUUCAAGACCCGGCAAUCGUGGCAAGCGUGACUCUCAAAUGAUAUUGAUGCGUUUCCUGAACCGUGUUCACUACAACCUGGCCAUGACGCCCCUGGAGCUGGAGCUCCAUCAUCAAAUCCGGAACGUGAUAGGAGUCAAUCCUACCUUUUACGAGUUCCUGCUGCAAAUUGAUGCCGACACCGUUAUAGCACAGGACUCUUGCACUCGCUUCGUAUCCGCCAUGAUGAACGACACCAAAAUCAUUGCAGUUUGUGGCGAGACCGCGCUCAGCAAUGCCAAAUCGUCGUUUAUCACGAUGGUACAGGUGUACGAAUACUACAUCUCGCACAACCUGACCAAGGCCUUUGAGUCGCUCUUUGGAUCUGUGACCUGUUUGCCGGGUUGCUUUACUAUGUACCGCAUUCGGGCCGCAGAGACUGGAAAGCCACUUUUCGUGUCCAGGGAAAUUGUCAACGACUAUUCGGAGACCCGCGUCGACACACUACACAUGAAGAACUUGCUGCACCUUGGAGAGGACAGAUUCUUGACCACCCUGCUGAUGAAGUACCACUCCAAGUACAAGACCAAGUACAUUAUGCGCGCCCACGCCUGGACUAUUGCUCCGGAUAGCUGGGCCGUGUUCAUGUCGCAGCGUCGCCGAUGGAUAAACAGUACGGUGCACAACCUGAUCGAAGUCAUUCCACUCCAACAACUCUGCGGUUUCUGCUGUUUCAGCAUGAGAUUCGUGGUGUUUAUCGACCUGCUGUCGACAGUCGUGCAGCCCGUGAUUGUUGCAUACAUCAUCUACCUCAUCGUCACUGUGGCCACCAAUCCUAGUACGUCGGCGACCACGGCGUUCAUCCUCAUUGCUGCGAUCUACGGGCUCCAAGCCAUCAUCUUCAUCGUGCGUCGCAAGUGGGAGAUGGUGGGCUGGAUGAUUAUCUACAUUCUCGCCACACCCAUCUUCUCAUUCUUCCUACCGCUGAUUGCAUUCUGGAACAUGGACGACUUCUCCUGGGGAAACACUCGUAUGGUGACGGGUGAAAAGGGAAAACAAGUCUUGGUCAGCGACGAAGGCAAAUUCGAUCCCGAUAGCAUCCCCAAGAAGAAGUGGGAGGAAUACCAGGCAGAGCUGUGGGACGCUCAAUCCCAUCGCGACGACGCUCGCUCGGAGAUUUCCGGCAUCAGCUACGGCACCAAGGUCCACGCGGCCGCGUCGGAGUAUGGCUACCAGCAAAGCCAGCACAUGAGCUCUCUGAACGUACCCGGCAUGCCAUAUCACGGCUCCCACAUGUCCAUGGCGGCUUCGGACCAUGGCAUGAUGCAGCAGCGCAACUUCUCUGGCAGCGAUCUCGACAUGUCAGACAUGCCGAGCGACGACGCCAUCUUGGCCGAAAUCCGCGAGAUAUUGAGGACGGCGGACUUGAUGACUGUCACGAAGAAGAGUAUCAAGGCGGAGCUUGAACGGAGAUUCGGUCUGCCAAUGGACGCCAAAAGGCAGUAUAUUGGCAGCGCCACGGAGGCUAUCCUUAGCGGCGCACUCUAG